GGGGCGCCUGCCACGACGCCCUGCCGCCGGCGGGGCCGGGCAGGAGAGCUCACGGGGGCCUUCCCCGUCUUCCAGUCCCUUCUUCACGUGACAAAACAGGCCCCGGGCCCUUCCACGUGCCCCGCUGGGCCGAAGCGUCUCCGCUGCCCCUGACGUCACCAGGGCUCCUCCGGGGCCGCUGCGAGGCCCGCCCCGGCGCUGACCUCACGGCCCCGCCCCUCGCCGUGACGCCACAGGCCUCGGCCCCGCUCCAAAGCCUACCCGCCUCCUUCUGACAGACGCGCGACGGCGACCUGCGGAGUCGGCCGUUCCUGCUGCCGCGGCCGCCGUGGGUGCCGCGGGGACGAGCUCAUCCAGAGAAGAAGCAAGAGCUGCUCUGUGUGUCUGAGGCCUGAUCAGUCUCUGCGACGUGGCUGAAGACAGAGCUGUGUCGAGGGGCUGAAGCUGGGCUUCCAACUUAGGGAUAUGGAGCAGAAGUUUCCACUCUAGAAUGGAUCCACAGUGAGCGCUGAGAAGGCCCAGGAUCUGCAGUGGCUGCUGAUCCAGCCCAAACAGCAGCUCCCCAGAGCCCUGAGUGACUGUCCAGACCAGCACUGCAAGGAGCCUCACCUGCCUACCUCCUGAGGACCUGGGAUUGAGGUCCAGGAAAAGUGGUGAAGAUGUCGAACGAGCCACCCCCUCCUUAUCCUGGAGGCCCCACAGCCCCCCUUCUGGAGGAGAAAAGUGGAGCCCCGACCACCCCAGGCCGCACCUCCCCAGCUGUGAUGCAGCCCCCACCGGGCAUGUCGCUGCCCCCUGCAGACAUUGGUCCCCCACCCUAUGAGCCUCCGGGUCACCCAAUGCCUCAACCCGGCUUCAUCCCCCCACACGUGAAUGCAGAUGGCACCUACAUGCCUCCAGGUUUUUACCCUCCUCCAGGCCCCCACCCACCCAUGGGCUACUACCCACCAGGGCCCUACCCACCAGGGCCCUACCCUGGCCCUGGGGGCCACACGGCCACAGUCCUGGUCCCUUCAGGGGCUGCCACCACGGUGACAGUGCUGCAGGGAGAGAUCUUUGAGGGCGCACCUGUGCAGACGGUGUGUCCCCACUGCCAGCAGGCCAUCACCACCAAGAUCUCCUAUGAGAUUGGUCUGAUGAACUUCGUGCUGGGCUUCUUCUGCUGCUUCAUGGGGUGUGAUUUGGGCUGCUGCUUGAUCCCUUGCCUCAUCAACGACUUCAAGGAUGUGACGCACACGUGCCCCAGCUGCAAAGCCUACAUCUACACGUACAAGCGCCUGUGCUAACGGAGCUGGGACAGGACUCCCCGCUGUCAGUCUGGUCCCCUGUGCUUCUCUCCCUGCGCUCAGUGGCUUACUUCCCUGCUCCCACUUGGGGGUGGAAGCCAUUCCACCGGUCCCCUGGAAGUCUUGUCUUCUUCGCCUUGCCCUUCCCUGAGCAUCUGACUCUUCUGGCAGAAAUUCUGUUGGAUUUAAGGCCAAGGGUCAGCAAGUGGCAGGGGGAUGGCACUGAGCUUGUGUGUUGCUGGUUUGCUUGGUGUUUGUGAUCAGGAAGAUAAGCUGGGAAGGCUUUCCUCGCACGGUCUCCCUGCUGGGGUCUCAUUCCUCCAUUUCUGAAUGAAGUACAGGUUUGGUCCUGACUCUCCCUGGGACCAAAAGCAGCCAGAGCAGUGGCUGGUUCCCCGGACUUGGGGCCUGCAGCAGAGCUGUGCCUGUAGCCACAGUCGUUUCUGAUCUGCUGGGCUGAAAGCAGGGCAGUGGACUCAAGCAUGACAGGGUCAUAAGGCCUGGGUUUCUUUCUCAAGUGCUAGAGGCAUGAUAGGAGGAAUGACCCUGACCCUCAGAACUCUUAGGAACACUUAACACAUUGUCCAAGUGCCCAGGAGACACGUGGGGUAAGACAGAGAGAUCAGCACACCUAUAGGUCAUGGGGUAAGUGAUUGGGCCCUGUCUUGCCAAGAAGGGACUUGCCUCUGGCCCCUGCCCAGCUCCCUUUCUGGCCACACCUCUGUGAACCCAUUUUUGCCGGGUCCAAAAAGAAUGCCCAGGAGCCUAGCCCAUCUGUCUAUACCAUGUCCUUGCUGUGUGUGGGUGCGACCUCUGCUCUGUAGCUAGUGUGCCCUAGCUGGGACCAGAGAUGGCAGAGAGGAGGGGCCUCCUUGUGGGCGCACUCAAAUUUGCAGUGUGUUCCCCAUGGAUCCUCUUUCCAGUAAAUGUGGGGCCUUUCGCCCUGGCUGACUCAUUGUCUCUGUGCUUGCUCCAGCAGCAGGCGCUGGGGCACUGGACUGGGGACAGGCUGGGGAUGAGGAAGGAGCAGCCACAAGUAGCGGAAGUGCCCUGGUGGACACCAGCCCUGCCCUGGGCCUGAGCCCACAUUGUCUUUAUUUCCUGAAUGGUUUGUCUGUGAACUUGCCACGUAGACUGCUGUAUCCUGCUGCCACCCCUUUCCUGGUCUCGCACUGCCACUGCAUGGCCUCCUGUCACUGAAUUGUGGCCGGUCUCAGUUUGUAGUUUCUCAUUAAAUUGGCCCUUUCACUCCCCCGCCCUGGG